AUGGUCUGCACAGCUCCCACUUCCAGCGCCAGCUCCAGCUCCUCCAGCCCCAAACCCGCACAGCACAGCCUUCUGCUGAUGCCAAUGGCAGCCAUUGCUACAACUCUGCGCGCGCACGCCGGGCCCGUCCAAUAUCUCGAGGUCAAAAAUAGCCCUCGGCGUUUCUGGUCCUAGGUGCAAAUGCAAUCUCGUUUAGUAGGUGUGUGUCCAUCUAUCUGCCUGUGCAGUAAGUGUAGAGUGAAUUUU